GGUACGCUGCUGUGUCGCCGUUGUCGGCUCCUUCUGUUAGUCGGGUGUUCUGGUGUUGCCGCUGCGUGAGGGAAGAAAUCAUGUGGAGAACUCUACUGUGGAUAAUGUUCUGCGUGUUCAGCGACGUAGAUGCAGUAUGGGGCGCUUUGGACGACCACAUGACGGGACCGAGUUUCGCCAUCGAACCUCCCAGCCGUGUCACGUUCUACAACACCACGGGUGCCAUGGUGCCCUGCACUGCCAAGGGGCACCCGAGGCCAGACGUCACGUGGGUUAGAUCCAGCACUGGGCUGCCCCUGCGGGAUCUUCCGGGACUUCUGUCGGUCAGAUUCGACGGGACGCUUGUGUUUGCCCCGUUCAGGGCGGAUGAUUAUCGCCAAGACAUCCACACGGCUGCUUACAGAUGCGUCGCUUCCAACGCAGCUGGUUCCAUCGGUAGCAGAGACGUGCACGUCCGAGCAAUUCUUCGUUCUUCCUACGAAGUAACAACACCGGACGUGUUUGUCAUCCGAGGCAAUACCGCCGCCCUUCGCUGUGAGGUGCCUUCGUCGGUGCGCGACUUCAUCCACGUAGCCUACUGGGAAACGGAGGAUGGAAUGACGCUUCACAGCGGGACCCUCGAAGAUAAGUACCAGUUAUCGACAGACGGCGACCUGGUAAUCGACAGAGUUGACAUGGCGGAUGCGAGAAGGAAAUACAAGUGCGUUACCAGGAACCUCUUGGUUGGCGAUACUGUUUCGAGUUCCAGAUGGGGACAGCUCUUCGUUACAGAUGCCUCCAACUACCUAGCUCCUCGCAUCCGCCGAACUCAGCCUACGAUCAAAGUAUCCGCCGGAGACCCCCUACGGCUGGCUUGCGUGGCCCAGGGGUACCCGACGCCGACGUACCGGUGGUACCGCAAGAAUUCUGCCGUGAGCCUCCCCGUACUCGGAGGUGGGGGAACAAAGAUACGAGUGUCUCGCGGCUUCCUGCAGUUCCAGUCGACCACGCGACAAGACGGCGGAACAUACAUUUGCACCGCAAACAACACGGUCGGCGAAGACCACGUGCAGUAUGAAGUUGUUGUUAGCAUGCCUUUAAAAGUGUCGGUGAGCCCAGCGAGGUUCCUCGCUCGAGAGGGACAAUCGGUAUCCUUCAACUGCUCCGUUCGAGGUUAUCCCAUCACUGCAACAUCGUGGUACAAGAACCAACAAGCUCUCAUAUCCGGCAACCGCGUCAAGGUGCUCGCUCAGACUGUGCUACACAUCAGCAGCGUUCAGCGGUCGGAUAAGGGCAUGUACCAGUGCGUCGCCUAUGGACACGAAAGCUCGGCUCAAGGUGCAGCUCAGCUCACCUUAGAAGAGAACCCUCCGGAAUUCCUCGAAACCUUCCCCGACCAACUUCUCAAGCCAGGAGUAUCCGUCUCUUUGAAGUGUUCAGUGACUGGCAACCCUCUACCACAGAUUUCGUGGCUGCGCUACGGCCGCCACUUGACCGACCGAUCGGGCGUACGCAUCGGUGAUUUCGUGGACGUCUCGGGUGUUGUCACCAGCUUUGUCAACAUCAGCGCCUUGACAACGGAACACGGUGGUUCGUACAUGUGCCGCGCGGAGAACGAGUUGGCUGCCGUGGGGCACACAGCACGCCUGUCUGUGUACGGACCACCCUUUGUGCAUCGAAUGGACAACGCGACUUACGUUAGUGGUGAUGAUGUGCGAAUUCAGUGUGCAGCCUCUGGAUAUCCAAUCACUAGUGUUUCGUGGAAGAAAGAUAAUGAAGGCCUGCGACCGUCAUCACGACUUCUUGCCAGUGAGAAUGGCUCGCUACACAUCGUCCACGUGACCCAGGGCGACCAGGGCUGGUACGAAUGCGCCGUCAGCAACAAGAGGGGCAACACGGCUGUGGGCUCCAUGUUCCUCAGGGUCAUCGCAAGGCCAGUGAUCAACCCGUUUUUGUUUAUGAAAAAUCUCCAAGAAGGGAUGCGAACUACCGUUGUCUGCAGUGUGAUAUCGGGAGAACCUCCCAUGAUUAUCAACUGGAUAAAGGACACUCACCUGCUGGCCGAGGUGCAUCCCGAGGCGAAGAUCACCCGGCUGGGUGACUUCGCUUCUUCGCUCACUAUGGACAACGUCACCCGACGACAUUCCGGAAACUACACGUGCAGGGCGACCUCGGGCAUCGCCAGCGCGAACUACACCUCUAGGAUGGACGUCAGCGCGACCCCGAGAUGGAUGAAGCAGCCAAGCGAUCAAUCCUCGAGUCGGGGACAGCGAACGGUGUUCGACUGCGAGGCAGACGGGAACCCGUUGCCCGUUCAUCGAUGGAAGGUGGCUUACGGGAAGAAAAGUGACAAGUUGUCUGAGUUUCGCAGCGUCGUGAGUAGUCCUCAUAUGCACGUCUUGGAGAACGGUUCCUUGGUCAUAUCCGAAGUGAGCCCACAGGAUCGGGGCCAUUACCUGUGUGAAGCCAGCAAUGGAGUUGGACCAGCACUCUCUGCGGUGGCGUAUCUUGAUGUUCACGUUCCUCCAUACUUCAGUGAAGAGUUUGAGACCAAGACGGUUCGAGUGAAAGAUGACGUCACCAUAACCUGCGAAGUUUUCGGUGAGACUCCUCUGACUGUGGCGUGGUCAAAGGAUCGUCGCCCAUUCGGAGACCUCGCUUUACCAAGGUUUGUUUUACAAGAAGACGCGACCCCCGAAGGCAUCAUGUCGAAAGUAUUUAUUCCCGCUGUAAGCCGUGCCGAUUCUGGAGUAUUCGUCUGCGAGGCAGCCAAUGCUUACGGCAAGAAGGACAAAACCGUACAACUCAUCGUUCAAGGUCCUCCGGACGUUCCCAAAGAAAUUCACGUCGAGCAAGCAUCCAGUCGAUCAGUGACUCUAACCUGGACUCAGCCACAUACGGGCAACAGUCCUCUGGUUGGCUACACGAUGCUCUACGUGCCUACCAGUGAUAAGGUGACAACCGCGCCCAUGAGCAUGCGGACAGGAACACCCGAGAGCAGGGCCACGGUAGCUGGGCUCAUCCCCGGCACCUCGUACACGUUCCGGAUAGUCGCUGAAAACAUCGUCGGGAAAUCAAAUCCGAGCGAGGAAGUUGUCGUCACAACUGAUGAAGAAGCUCCGUCGGGUUCGCCUUACGAAGUGAGGGCGAUAGCGACAAGCUCGAAAACUGCUCGAGUUACUUGGAAGCCUCCGUUACAGUCAACAUACCACGGGCAGCUGAAAGGCUUUCAUGUAGGCUACAAACAAGUGAAUUCCAUGGAAACGUACCGGUUCCAAACCGUGGAAACUCCUAGCCCGGAGUCCGAAGGCCGCAUGGUCAACGAAUACGAAAUCAGGGGACUUCACAGGUACACGCAGUACUCAGUCGUCGUCCAAGCAUUUAACAAAAAGGGAGCUGGACCGCUUUCGGAAGAAACAACCGUUCAGACUCUGGAGUUUGAUCCACCUUCAGCGCCACAACUCAUCGUUGCGUCGAAAUCUACAUCCACGUUGGAGUUAGAGUGGAAGCUAACGGAUGAAGUGGAGACACCAAUCACAGGUUUCAUCGUGCACUACAAGAGUGAGUACGGAGAAUGGCAGGAAACGCAAGUGAACUCCAAGCUCACCAAGCACCUUCUCACGAGCCUGAUCUGCGGGACUCGCUAUCAGGUUCGAGUGACAGCUUUCAACGCAGCUGGAAGGGGCUCUGCUAGCGAAAGCGUCAACACUGAAACUACUGGAAGAGGACCAGUACCACCAAAUGACAAGGCAUCGUCUGUGCUCGCCGCCAAUUCAACGUGCAUAUCUGUCAGCCUGGAUGGAUGGAACGACGGCGGCUGCCCGAUUACCUUCUUUGUCAUCCAGUACAAGCCACAAGUGCAGAAAGACUGGGUGUUGCUUUCCAACAAUAUUCAGAUGGUACAGUCUCCCAUCACGAUAUGUGACUUGGCCCCUGGUACCUGGUACGACAUUAUGGUCUCUGCCUACAAUGACGCUGGCGCUACUGAAGUGGAGUAUCGGCUGGCAACGCUCACGCUUACAGGAGCAACUGUCGCACCACUAGCAGCGCAGUCUGCCGGCAGUGGAUCAUCCCUCCUGCGAGACCCUGCAGUCCUCGUGCCUGUCGCUUGUGCCAUAGUGGUGGUCUUAGUCAUCUGCCUCGUGGUGGGCGUGGUGCUUGUAGUAAGGAGACGUGAAGGUGUCUACGAUUCCUGCCAAAACCAACACAUAUAUUCCAGUGAAUCCGUCCGCAAGAACGACAGCAUGUCGAUGACAGCCUACAGCAAGGACAAACAGUUCUGUGACUCUUCGGGCGAAGACGGCGCGCAGAGGGAGCAACUCUACUAUCCGUCACCUUACGCCACUACGCAGGUGUCCUCCUGCGAGGGUGCCUCAUCUUCGCCCACCCGAAGACUAGCUGGCAACGUGGACGAAUUUGGUCGUCCCAUGGGCACGCUACAGCGUCGUCAGCAGCAAGGAAGCCGUGGCCAUUUAUACGACGUUCCACUUAGGCCUAAGCAGAGUGAAGACUACACAGCUUACGCGAGACUGUGGACUCAACCCUUUCCCUCAGAUGCAAUCAAUUUAGAACAAGGUACAGUUGUCUAUUUUGAGCUUGAUCAGUAGUAACCGCACCUUUCAAGGUAGAUAGUAGUUCUGCACCUCCAUCCACACCCC